GCGAGCAGCUUCAGGCUGUGUAACAACGCGCAUUUACGCUGAUUCGUCACUCCCACAAGGUGGCUGAGGGAUGCGUCAUUGCGCUUACGUGUAGUUGUGACUCUAGUCUCGCGUGAUGAGACUUGUGGCGUUGGGGAUUGUAGGGGAAAAGAACUUGCAGGCACCCUAGCUCCCGCCCUCCCUUCCGAAGUCGGAACCUCACUGACAGCCGGGGACCCGAAAAUCCAAAUUGAUUUCAAGCUCUGUUUGAGACCAGCACUGGCUGUUGCCUGAGACUGGGAGCCAUUCCACCAUCAAGAAGUGUAGAGCAGUGUUACUUCACCAGCCAUGCCGUUUCCCUUUGGGAAGUCCCACAAGUCUCCUGCAGACAUAGUGAAGAACCUGAAGGAAAGUAUAGCUGUGCUAGAGAAGCAGGACAUCUCUGAUAAGAAGGCAGAGAAGCUGAGAGGAGGUUUGUUACCCCACACAAACAGCUCCCCUGCCCUCCAAACCCAUUCCCUUAGGCACCCUACACCUGGCAUCUCACUUGCUGCAUACUCCGUCGAGGACUUGCACAUCAGCAGCAGGAGCAAAGAUGCAAAGAAACUGGCUUGGCACAAAAGGAGAUCGCUUGUUUCUGGGAAGGAGAAGAUGGACAGAACAACAUUGUUUUCGGCAACUGAAGAAGUGUCUAAAAAUUUGGUAGCCAUGAAGGAAAUACUUUAUGGGACAAAUGAGAAAGAACCCCAGACAGAGGCAGUGGCGCAGUUGGCUCAGGAACUGUACAACAGUGGACUUCUUGGAACGUUAGUUGCUGAUCUGCAGCUGAUUGACUUUGAGGGCAAGAAAGACGUUGCACAAAUCUUUAACAAUAUCUUACGGAGGCAAAUUGGAACAAGAACCCCUACAGUGGAAUAUAUAUGCACCCAGCAGAACAUACUCUUCAUGCUUUUAAAAGGGUAUGAGUCACCAGAGAUUGCAUUGAAUUGUGGAAUUAUGUUGCGGGAAUGUAUUCGGCAUGAGCCGCUUGCCAAGAUUAUCCUUUGGUCAGAGCCAUUUUAUGACUUCUUCCGAUAUGUUGAAAUGUCCACUUUUGACAUAGCCUCAGACGCCUUUGCUACCUUUAAGGAUUUACUGACAAGACACAAGCUCCUGAGUGCUGAGUUUCUUGAGCAGCAUUAUGACCGGUUUUUCAGUGAAUAUGAAAAGUUACUACACUCGGAAAACUAUGUGACAAAACGGCAGUCGUUGAAGCUGCUCGGGGAACUUCUUCUGGACCGGCACAACUUCACCAUUAUGACAAAGUACAUCAGCAAACCAGAAAACCUCAAGUUAAUGAUGAAUCUUCUGCGUGACAAGAGCCGCAACAUUCAGUUUGAGGCUUUCCAUGUGUUUAAGGUGUUUGUAGCCAACCCCAAUAAGACACAACCAGUCUUGGAUAUCCUUUUAAAGAACCAGAGCAAGCUGAUAGAAUUUCUCAGCAAGUUCCAGAACGACCGCACUGAAGACGAGCAGUUUAAUGAUGAGAAAACCUACCUAGUGAAACAGAUCCGUGACCUGAAGAGACCUGCACAGCAAGAUGCUUGAGUUGGACGGAACCAGGGAGGGGUGGGAAGGGAACACAAACCCAGCGCUGGCUAUGAAAGUAAUCAGCAUCCCGUGGACUUUGCAGCGCAGUAUCUUCACCUUAAUCCCUGAACGGUUUCAUCUUAUUCUGCCUCUUCCAAGUUGGUUUUCAAAUUAGUCCAGGAGUAACCUCUUCCUUGCUGGAAAAAACCAAGGGGGCGCACGUGUUUCCAGCCGAAGAGAGGUUAAAGGACGAAUGCAUAACUCCCUUUAGUUCUUUCUAUUAUCCCAUUGCGCAUUUAUAGCACAAGAUGGAAUUAAUUGCCAUCUUCUCUUCUUUGUUGCAUCAGCACGUGAUAAGCAUUGGCUCCUUAUUGGAGAAGUGGGCGGGAAAGUGAAACAAACUAAGCAAAGGAGAUCUGUUGCUCUCCGGAAAGUAUAUAACUACUAGUCUGGGUUUCUACAUCUAGCAUUUUUUUUUUAAUAAUACAAGGCGUCGCAUGCAGAAUAACAGCAAAAUACAAAAAUCUGGUGUCCAUCAGCAUAUUUGCACAUAAACUUGUCAGAGAAACCGAGCACAAAAUGCCACCUGUGCAUAGCUGGUACCUUAUGCCUUGAUUUCAAACAGAGACAACUAGUAAAAUGCCACGAGUGCAGUGCUUUUAAUUCAUUCUAAAGCGGAGAAGAGCCGGCUGCCAGCCAGUAGUGGAAAGUUUGUGUGUUUUAACUCAGUCAGUGCUGGAAGAUGUUUUCAGCACACUGCAAAAUGCGUGUUGCCAACUGCUUUGGUACCCGAGAAGUUUAAAAUUGUGAAUUGGGGUAAUAUUUCAACAGGGGUUGUGAACAAACAAGUGUAUAUUCAUUAUAUAUGCCUUUCAACUGCUUUCUUGCUUUCUUUGUUGUUUUAGCAGUUAUGUAAGGCAGGAUUACAAAAAGCAGCAUAUUAUGUCCUUGGGGGGGGGAUAUUCUUAUUUCCUGGAAGUGCCGAUUUAUUUUAGCAAAAUGCUGAGUAUCCUCCCACUCUUCUGGCUAAUAACCCUGCCAAGAUUCUUUUAAAUACGUAACCUCAACUCUGUAAAUUCAAACCACUUAUUACAUACUGUGUGACACCCAAGGGUUUGCUCUGGACACCCUAGCCUUGUGGCAUUCAUUGUAAUUGCUAUUCUGUUACAUAAUUGCCCAUGAUCAGUUAGAGCCAAUGAGAGUGGGCACUGGUGCAAGCAAUGGCUAAAGACCAGUUGAAGCAUGCUCAGUUAGGGGCACACUCGUUAUUACAGAAGUAUAUUCCACUUUGGGGUUCUUGAACAUAAAAUGCUGUUUUAUAUUUAAAACACCUCACAAAAGAAGGUGCACUGAUCUUUUGCUGAGUGAUCUCAAGUGAUUUGGGUGGGAAGUGGAAACAUGGAGGCAAACGUCUAUUUAUUGCUUCACCCUGGGCCACGAUCAACCGAAAGGACAACGCUCAGACGAGAUCCAGGUGUAUGCAGUGUGAUUGUGGGUGGGGCCUUUGCGGAAUACAUGUAAUGCAGGGGCCAUAUUGGUUCAUUUGGGUGUGCAUGAGGUUCCCGGGAUGUUUGGGUAUAAGAAUGGCAGCAUGCUGUACUGCAGUGAGUGUGUUGUAGAGUAGGCUACAUGGAAGGGUAGUUCAGUGAAAUGACAUACUCCUCAUUUAAUACACACACUCACACACACACACUCAAACACACUCAAACACACUCUCACACACACUCACACACUUUUUAUUUCAAUUGUAUUCACGGUGUCAAUUCUCUUGGGGAAAAAAAAGAAAUCGAGGCCACAAUCUUUAUAUUUUGAUUUAUGUUUUUAAAUCAUACACGGCAAAAUUGAGACAGUCACCAUUGUUUUGUUUUCUCCCCCGCACACAUGAAACUUAUUUAUUGCACGAGGGGUUUGUGCCUGGGUGCAUGUGGCUUGGACAGUGCAUGUGGUUUGGUUCCCCAUCAAAUAACUCUCCUGCACCCCGAGGCUCUGUUAUUUGAUGGCCUUGUACCCCCAGAAGAUGCUGAAACCAAAGCCUUGGGUGAAGGGAUAAAUGCUGUGCUUCUAGCAGGUUUGCUUCAGUUUUCUUUGAAAUUUCUGUGUACAUAACGUUUUUGGCCUCUUAUUCGUAAAGAAAAAAAAAAAUAAACUGUACAGCAAACAA